GACUGUGUGCUUUGAGUCGAAGUUCUCAUCUUGUCGGAAACGAAUCAACUAACAGCAGCAAAAAAAAACCGGGCGAAAAAAAAAACUUAUAGAAGAUUUACAUUGAAGCCGUAGUGAUCAAAAAUAGGAUUGUGAUUAAUAUAAGCCAAUACCACAACGAUUUUGGAGGCACUAAGUGAAAUCAAGAAAUCUGGUCGUCCAGAGCUUUAAAAGCUCUCCGGUCGAGAUAUUCAGCAUCUUCAACCAAGAAAAUAAGAAGUAACCAUUCAAAUAAUUAAGGACUUUAAAGAGACUGCUACAAAGGAACAACAUAACAAACAAAUCCGAAAAUACAAAACAAGGAGAAAAGAACGGAAGACUAGAAAUAAUCAUAAUACAGAGUAGUUAGCAUAAGGAAACACACAACAACAACACUGCAAACACAAAUAUUCUAAUUCAAAUUCACACAGAUUGAAGUAUUUUUGGCCUUAAGAGUAAGCAAACAAACAAACACCCACACAAACACAAAACAAAGCGAAGAAUUUGUAAAAGAACACCAAGCAAAAAAUCACAUUUAGCCUUAUAUACAACAACAAAACAAGUUAGUAUUAAGUUUAUAUGGUAAAAGCAAGAGAAGACGAAGAAAGGAACCUAGCGAUGGGGAGUUUCGGCAUAAAGGACGAAGAAGACGUUGAGAGGGCUCCUUUCUCAGAAGAAGUAAACAACGAAUCUUCUGCAGAAAGAGCUGUAGACUCUGUUCAAGAAUCAGUGGCAGAUCCACCUCUCCCUUGUCAAGAACAAACCCCUGAAUUAUCUGGCAAGGAACCGGAAAAGGAUAAGCAUUCCCCAAUUCCUGAAGGAUUAGCACCAGCACUUGAAGAUUCGGCUUCUUUCUUAGAAGAAGGAAAUAACGAAUCUUCUGCUAAAAGAGCCGUAGACUCUGUUAAAGAAUCUGUUGCAGAUCCACCUCUCAAUUCUCAAGAACAAACACCUGAAUUAACUGGCAAAGAACCGGAAAAGGAGAAUCAUUCCCCAAAUCCUGAAGUAUCAGCACCAGCACCUGAAGAUUCGGCUCCUUUCUUAGAAGAAGUAAACGACGAAUCUUCUGUAGAAAGAGGAGAAUCAGGCGCAGAUUCACCUCUCUCCUCGACUCCUUUCUUAGAAGAAGAAAAAAACGAAUCUUUUGCUGAAAGAGCCGUAGAAUCUGUUAAAGAAUCAGUCGGAGAUCCACAUCUCACUUCUCAAGAACAAACAACUGAAUUAUCUGACAAAGAACCGGAAAAGGAGAAUCAUUCCCCAAAUCCUGAAGGAUCAGCACCAGCACCAGCACCUGAAGAUUCGGCUCCUUUAUUAGAAGAAGUAAACAACGAAUCUUCUGCAGAAAGAGAAGAGUCAGGCGCAGAUCCACCUCUCUCUUCGGCUCCUUUCUUAGAAGAAGGAAACAACGAAUCUUUUGCUGAAAGUGCCGUAGACUCUGUUAAAGAAUCAGUCGGAGAAGUACCUCUCACUUCUCAAGAACAAACACCUGAAUUAACUGGCAAAGAACCGGAAAAGGAGAAUCAUUCCCCAAAUCCUGAAGGAUCAGCACCAGCACCUGAAGAUUCGGCUCCUUUCUUAGAAGAAGUGAACAACGAAUCUUCUGCAGAAAGGGGAGAAUCAGGCGCAGAUUCACCUCUCUCUUCGACUCCUUUCUUAGAAGAAGGAAACAACGAAUCUUCUGCUGAAAGAGCCGUAGAAUCUGUUAACGAAUCAGUCGGAGAACCAUCUCUCACUUCUGAGGAACAAACACCUGAAUUAUCUGGUAAAGAACCGGAAAAGGAGAAUCAUUCCCCAAAUCCUGACGGUUCAGCACCAGCACAUGAAGAUUCGGACAGUGAAAUCAAGUCUCUAGAAUCCAAAGAAGAGGAAGAGAAUGAUAAUAAGGACGACGAUGAUAUUCGCACAGGAUCGUUGCAGGGAUCUAUAGCUGAACAAUCAACUUCCGAAGAUUUAGAGUCUCAAGAAGAGGACGAGAUUAAAAAAUCGACCUGUUCACGCCCUGACCUUGUAAAGGGUUCUCUAGCUGUACAAUCAUUUGAAGAUUCACACCGUGAAACCGAACAUUCACAGAACGAAGAAGAGGAUAAAAGUGACGAAGAAAUUGGAUCGAAAGCUGAACCAUCAACAUCCAAAGAUUUAGACCGUGAAUUCUCAUACUCAGAUUCCGAAAAACAAAGUAACGGAGAAUCUGACCAAUCAGCUGAAGAUUCAAACCGUGAUCUGAAUGAAGAAGAGCGAGUCCCCAGGAAGUCUGAAAAAAAGGAGUAUACUGUAACAGCGCGCCCUUGUCAAGGAGUCGAAUCGCAAAGUGACUCAGAAUCUGAACAAUCAGCUGAAGAUUCAAACCGUGAUCUGAAUGAAGAAGAGCGAGUCCCCAGGAAGUCUGAAAAAAAGGAGUAUACUGUAACAGCGCGCCCUUGUCAAGGAGUCGAAUCGCAAAGUGACUCAGAAUCUGAACAAUCAGCUGAAGAUUCAAACCGUGAUCUGAAUGAAGAAGAGCGAGUCCCCAGGAAGUCUGAAAAAAAGGAGUAUACUAUAGCAGCGCGCCCUUGGCAAGGAGUCGAAUCGCAAAGUGACUCGGAAGCUGAACCAUCAACAUCCAAAGAUUUUGACCGUGAAUCCUCAGAUUCAGAAUCCGAAAAACAAAGUGACGGAGAAUCUGAAGAUUCAAACCGUGAUUUGAACCAAGAAGAGCGAGCGCUCAGGAAUUGGCCCGCCAAUCAAGCAAGUGACUCAGAAUCUGAACAACCAACAUAUGCAGAACCAAUCCUUGUUGGAUACCCAAACUUAUCCACUCAGCAAGUAAUUGAACUCAGGGGUUAUAUCGGAUCGGGCCGCUUUGAAGGACUACAAGAAUUUGAUUCUGAUAGUGAAGAUUCUACUAUCAAAUUCGAGCUACCAAAUUCGCAACCAUCAGAUUCAGAUAACGAGGAAGGGGAACCAAACCCUGAUGUUUCAGUAGAUCUUUUAGACACACAGCACUCAGAAAAUUUAAAUUUUUUCUCAGAAUCCGAAGAAGAGGAGCCUGAUCAAGUAGACGAUAAUUAUAAAUCCACAGAAGCGCCUUUAGAAACUAGGAGAGUUGUGGAGUCAGAAGAAGAUACUGAAGACGAAGAUUCAGAGGAAGAAGAACAGCCUUGUUCUCCAGAAUCCGAAGAAGAGAAGCCUGAUCAAAUAGACGAUUACUAUCAAUCCACAGAAGCGCCUUUAGAAACUGAGGGAGUUGUGGAAUCAGAAGAAAAUACUGAGGACGAAGAUUCAGAGAAGGAAGAACAGCCUUGUUUUCCAGAAUCCGAAGAAGAGGAGCCUGAUCAAAUAGACGAUAAUAAUAAAUCAGCAGAAGCACCUUUAGAAACUGAGGGAGUUGCGGAAUCAGAAGAAGAUACCGAGGACGAAGAAUCAGAGGAAGAAGAACAGCAGCCUUUUUCGCCACAAGAUCGUCACACAGAUACCGAUACCGGUACUGACUCGGAUUCCGAUCCAGAGGAUAAACCCGAACCUUCUAGUUCUGAGGAAAACAACGUAGAGCAACGCCAAAAUCCUAAGGGCGGCGGAGAAGACAACGACGAAGACCAAGGUUCAACUUCUCACGAGGACAGAGGUCAAGGUCCAGAUUCUGAGGAAGCUAACGAUUCCACAUCUGACUACCAGGAGGAGGAAGGAGCUCCAACUUUUCAAGAGAACGAUACCCCAUCGGAGUCUGAAUCAGAUUCGGGUAUAUCAUUAGGUUCAGAUACUACUGCCUUACAACAAACUGCACGCAAAAGAAAAUCACCAUAUUCCUGGGAGGAGCGCAGCAAAGCUAAGUACAGGAAAAUCGAUCAAAUAGUCAGUCAGGAAAAGCGGAACAAUCUACUUUGCUGGAUUCAACAGAAGCAGGACUUGUAUUAUCAGAACAAUCUAAGGCAGGAGCAGCAGCAGCAGCAGAAGCAGCUGGAGAAGGACCUCAACACGCUGCCGCAGCGCAAGUGCGAGCUGAUGCAAAACGAUAUGGUCAGCAUACCGGUGGCCAACUUGAACGGCGGCCUUAAGGCGGCCGGCAGCGGAUCCGGAGUGGGUGUGGCGGCCACGGGCGGCGUCGUCUCCUCGGCGGUGCUGGCUAAUGCGCCACGAGUCUACCUGACGCCCUCCUCCACCUUCAUGGCCAAUCGUCAGGCGACGGCUGGCAUGGUGGCGGCCACGGGGAAGCUCAGCGGAUCGAUGGUAGGCGGCGGCAGCGGCGGCUCAACAAUGGUAGGCGGCACCUCAUCCGCCGCCGGCACCGUUCGCUACUUUUCGCAAUUCAGCAAAGUGCAAACGGCCGGCGGACCCAGUCUGCAGCGAAAGCUGGUCAACGGCGACACCAUUGUGCUGGCCAACGGCAACAAGGGCCUGUUCCUCACCAGCAGCAGCAGCAGCAGCGACAGGGCCACGGCGCUGUCCACUAUUGCCGCCAAUGGCAAUUGUUCGCUCCAGGCCAAAACGGAGCUGUUGGAGGAGGAGGACAUGCAGCCGGGAACUGUGAUCCAGGACGACGAGGAGGAGGACGAGAUGGAGGUGGAUGGGGAUGGGAAUGGGGAUUCCGACAAGGACGAGGACGAUGACGAUGACGAUGAGAAGAGCAAACCCAGUGCACCACAGGAUCAGCCCCUGGCACUGACCACCACCUCCGCGGAAGGCAACGCCUCCGAUGAUGAACCCGAACUGGACAUUGUGAUCAACAAUGUGGUUUGCUCGUUCAGCGUGGGCUGCCACCUGAAGUUGCGUGAAAUUGCCCUUCAGGGCUCGAAUGUGGAGUAUCGUCGCGAGAACGGAAUGGUGACCAUGAAGCUGCGCCAUCCCUACACCACGGCCUCGAUUUGGUCGUCGGGCAGGAUCACCUGCACGGGUGCCACCUCCGAGUCAAUGGCCAAAGUUGCGGCUCGUCGCUAUGCCAGAUGCCUGGGCAAGCUUGGGUUUCCCACUCGUUUCCAGAACUUCCGCAUUGUCAAUGUUCUGGGCACCUGCAGCAUGCCGUGGGCCAUCAAGAUAGUCAACUUCUCGGAGCGUCAUCGCGAGAAUGCCAGCUACGAGCCGGAGUUGCACCCCGGUGUGACCUACAAGAUGCGCGAUCCCGAUCCAAAGGCCACCCUCAAGAUCUUCUCCACCGGCAGCGUAACCGUCACGGCGGCCAGCGUAAGCCAUGUGGAGUCGGCCAUCCAGCACAUUUACCCGCUGGUUUUCGAGUUCCGCAAGCAGCGUUCGCCGGAGGAGCUGCAGCACCUGCGCCAAAAGCAAAGACAGCAGACCGGUGGCGCCGAUCCCAACGAGCUGGAGAGCCAGGUCGUCUCCGAGAACAAGGUGGCGGCCCAGGAUAAUAUCUUUAUUAACACAACGGCGGCGCACACGAAGCCGUCGCCGGGUGACAAUACUCCGGCCACCUCGGGCAUCAUGUCCAGCACUAUUGAUAGCACGGAGCGCCUUAAGCAGUUGGAGAGCUACCACCAGAUGAUGCAGCGUACGCAGGUGGAGCGCCGCCACAUACCCUUCCAGGGUGAGAAGGUCGCCUCCGCCUCCACCUCGGCAGCAGCCGCCAAAUCCUCGGGGGAUAAUAUCUGUGCCAAUGCCCGUCGCCGGGCCACCGAAUGCUGGGCCACCAAGCUGCAGAACAAGCGUCCGCGUUACAAUGAUCCCGGCACUACGGGCAGCGUUAAUGCCUCGGGCACUGCUGCCACCUCCUCGUCGUCAUCAUCAGCCUCAGUCUCAGCCUCAGCCUCAGUCGCCUUCAAUGUUGCCUCAUCCUCGUUGGGCAGCAACCAGUCGGCAUACCUGCGUAAUCCUCUCAAGACGGCCGCCUUGGCCAAUGCCCGUAUGCGCGGGGCCAAGGUGCCAACGGGCAUGGUGCUCAAGCCGGGCACACGGAUUGCACCCACCAGUGGCUUCCUGCACCAGCAGCAUCAGCAACAUCAGCAGCUGCAGCAGCAGCAGCAACAACAGAAGAUGAUGCGCCAGACCAGCUUCUCGCCCAGCGAUUUCCAGGUGGACGACUUGAUCGAGGAGGAGGAAAGGAACGAGUUGGACCUGCUCCAGUAUUAAGCUACUAGCGCUGGCCAUGCCAAAACAUUUAGAACAUAAAUAAGAGAUGGAUGGAAACACACACACGCACGUUGAAACAAACAACGUGCCACACGAAACAAAAAACAAUACAGAAAACUAAACGAAUCGAAUCGAAUUGAAACGAAUUGAAACACACACACAAAGCCCAGAGAGCUUUUCACCCAAUUCGUUUGUUCGUUCGUUUAAGCCAUUUUUCAUCACACAUUUGUUUGUGUUCGCCGCAUUUAAACGAACUCGAGGAAAAACAAGACGCAGGACCGAAAACAAAAAAAUUGGAGAUGGAAGAGCAAUCAAAUAACUUAAAUCCAAAGCGAAACAAAAAUUCCCCAUCCAGCAACACCAACAAAACAAAAUCAACAACAAAACGAAGAGCCAAAUAUUUAACUUAUAAGAUUUACGUUUAAACGACUAUAACUUAAAUAAGCACGAAGAAACAAAAAAGCAUAUAGCAUAUAAAUUAUUUCGACCCCGAAAUAUCCCCUGCAACCUCAAAAACAUCCAUAUGGUAAACACAGAGCUUACCACAACGUAAAUUUAAGUGUAGACUUAAAACUGACAGCAAAAUACGCGUUAUGAAAUACGUAUGCCAGCGUUUUACGUAAUUUAUGUGAGCAAGACCACCGCCUAAACAAAUACUGUAAACCUAAAUGGGAUCGCAUUAUAAUAUAUCCACACACACAUACGACUUAUCAAAAGCAAGCAGUGCGAGACGAGCAAGCAGUUGGCAGUCAAGCAGUUUGGAUCGCACGUUUACUUUUUUGUUUGAACCUAAAUUCAGACCAAGUUCUUCCGAAACAAACCAAAAUUCUCAAGCAAAAACAGGAAGAAGAGACAAGAGAAAAUACUAGAAUAAUUACACUAAUUAACUGAUAAACAAACAACUAAUUAACUUCAUGUAUCUUCAUCCAAUUUUUUUGUUUUUGAUCUAAGUUUUAUAUGCUAUAAGCGCUUCGUGUGAAGCAAAAGAAACAAAACGAAACCACAUUUGAAUACAAUUAUAAUUAUAUUAUAAUUCACACACAACCAAUAUCUGGUCAACAUUAAACCAAUAAUAACAAAUUAAAACAUCAGCAAGUAAAUAUUUUUAGUUUAUGAUAGUAGUUUUUGGGUUAUGCAUAAACUCGUCGAAUUAAGAAUACAAACUAUGACGUAGAUAAAAACAAAAGUGAAUUCGGGAAUUAGGUUUAUGCAACACUUAGAAACUAUUAUCAUAUAUAUUCGUAUAUAGUAGUGUUUUUAUUUUUAUUUCACAUUAUUUUAAAGAAAGAAAAGUGGAAGCAACUUAAGCGUAGAUUUACAAACUUGUUCCUGUGUUGUUAAAAUCAGAAAGUAAAUCCGAAUCAUAAGCAAUAAUAUAAUGUUUUUGUUGUAAAAGAGGUAAAAAUUUAAAAAGAAAAUACUCACGUUAAACAUAAAAUAAACUCUCUAGAUGUUUUGGCGUGCCUUCACCCAUAAAUAGAAAAAAAAGAGAUACGAUAGCCAAUUGUACAAUCAUUGAAAUAGUACUUCCAGACCAGAGCCCGAACUUUGUAUAUAAACCCAAAAUUGAUGUUUUCCAAUUAAACGUGAAUUGCCUCGUUCUUUACAUCAACUUUCAAUUUCUUUUGUGCUCGACAUAAAACAAACUUUCAUAUCGUUCAACUUAUGCAUAAUCAAAAUAUCUUAAAAAAUGUAAGAAAUAUCAAUGAUUUUCUUUAAUAAUUUAAACAUUUCUUUAAAAAAUGUAUUUUUGAUUUGCAUAAACGAAAUCGAGAAAUAAAAAUGCCUUUAGGGAACAAAUAACUAGCGCGGAAAGGAAAGAGAUAGGCUUAGGUAUAGAGAAAGAGAAGGAGAAGGAUAUUGACCAGAUCGGAGCCGAAAUGUAUUUUUUGUGUAUGCGAAUGUGGAUAGGUCGAAACAGACCCGAACGUGUUACAAUUGCAAAAUUAACUAGCCACUAAGCUUAGCCCUAAGUAAGUUGAGAAACGGAAUACUAAAUUGUAAGCCAAAAUGCAUAUAGCAAUCUAAAAUCUAAAAGAACCUAAAUGUACAUAAAAUAGUUGUUAACAAAUCACAAAACAAACAAAAGCAUGAAACCAACAAUAGAGUAAAGUCUUCACGUGUAACUGCCUUCGGAAAUUACAAAAAAUCGAAAGAAAAUCCAUUUAAAUGCGGGAAGUAAUCUGUUAACACGAUUGUAAAUUGCUUCAAUUGAACCUUGUACUUUCAACCCAUUUUUCUUUAAACAACAACAACCAUCAACAAACAGACAGAUCGAAAGGCCUAAAUAAGUGUAUUUGGUUUCAUAAACUUUAAAAAAGCAAAACUAAAUAUUAAUAUAGUAUACAGAUAUAUUUUUGAUUAUUAUGUAUUUAAAGGAGAACAAUGAAAUGAUGCAAGUAUCGAUGAUAACUAAGAAAAAACAAAUUAAGAAAUCAAAUAGCAUAAUUCUGUUUUUGUUUUGCCGUAAAGACUGCAUUAUACCAACAAUUAAUUAUAUACAACAUAAUAAAUAAAUAACUGAUAGAGAUGGCGAGUAAGCUUUGCAUUAAGCAGAGAACAAAACGGAUAAAUAAAUAUUAAAUCAAACAGAAAAAAAUCUAAAAAAAAAAACAACA